CAAACUUCUGUCAUGGUCUGUGUACGUUGCCAAAUGUGUGUAUUUUGGUAUACAACGUGUGCAUGUGCAACUAAUGCGAUUAAUGGACUGCUAGCUAUUACUGCAGAGCGAGGGCCGAUCCUCAGACGCUGGUCUACUCACAUAGCUCCGGUGACUUCUGCUCGGAUUGUCAAUAUUGUUUACGUUUGAUGGAUUAGCUGUAGAACAGACACAGCUGUAUAAUGCAGUAAUUCAUUAAGACCGAUAAAUUAAGAUAUAAAACACGGCAUAUCUUCCACAUACUACUGUGUGACUGAGAACGCAUUUAGAAAUCAGUGACGGUCGGUAUUGAUUUCCCCCAUUAGAACUCGUACACAGGGAACACGCCUUUGUCACUCGUCAAGGAAAACUGCUAUUUAUUUACCUUUAGAAUGUUUAAUCUAGGGUUCCUGUGAAUAACGUUUGUAAUGAGAAGGAAUUAGUGUUUAAACACCGUAUAAGCUGGCACGUGACGGUGAACAUUACACGUGAGAGAUUGGAGUUUAUUUGAGUCCAGAACAGGAGACUGCAGAAUAAGCGACAACUGCUUGGUUUACGGCGGAAGUAACGACAUUACGACACACACCCCUCCGGCGCCCAGCUCUACACGCGGGGAUGGUGAAGCGCCAGCGCGCGAGCUGUCGUGUGUGUGUAUUAGGUAUCUAUCUGUUUACAUCGGAGGAUAUACAAACCAGGAAAUGAUUUUCUGCAUCUGUUGGUGCCUCUAGGUAAAGUUCAUGAAGUAACACCUUACAAAGUGGCUAUCGUGUGACUUCGUGUUUGUGUCGUUUGCUCUAAGAGAAAUCUCUGCCAUGCUCAGACGAGGAGUGUAAUGGCCAGUCCUAACGAUCUUCUGCUGCACGAUGUCGUCUGCAACGAACCGUCUGCAGAGCGACAAGUCCACAAAGAUGGCGGGAAGGGAUGUCACUGUCGGGUGCUACAGAACGCUUACAUGGAGGAGGAGGACGCCUACAACUUUAUAUGUCACGUGAACAACUCCUUUAACAAGUCGGUGCUCGGGUUGUCCAUGUUGACGAUAGGCCUCGCUAUUUCCGUUCUGUGCCUAACGUUCGGUAUAAUGGAGUUCAAUAAUUGCCCCUGUGAACCUCUUCUUCCAUUGUUUCUCACUCUGAAUGGUGCUGCAUUGAUGUUAAAAUGUUUUCUACAAGGUGCCCGUAUUAUGUGCAAUAUCGCACCCCCCGAGGGGGAGAGACACUGCCUAUACACUGUCACCGACAUGUUGACGUUAUUCCUCGUGUUUUGGGGGUUUACAGGCGCUGUCCUGGUGUACAAUCUUCUGAAGAUCGCGCAGACUGAAGACGAGCACGCCAUACACUACUGUGACUACCACCUCCUCAGUAUCGCCAUUGCUGUCGUCACGGUGACGUUCGUCCUCAUCAUCUUCACUAUCGUCUGCUACGCAAUCCUCUGGUUCAUUCACGAUAAAAUGGAGAGCUCGGACAAGUUCAAAGACUUCAUCAUAGAAAGAGAACUGGACAGGCGGAAACCCUCGUUAUGUGUUGUGACCGGGUGAUGAAGGACGCCUAUAGAACGCCUUACUCAGAUAAUAUUUCGCGGAGGUUCAUCUUGCCUUUUCUUAUUGCAAUGUGCUGUUUGUUAUAUUUUUGAUAAAAAAUAGGAGAAAAGAAACACA